UGAUGAAAUACCGAAUGAAAAAAAAUAGUCAUAAAAUCCACGUGUUUUUAUUAAUUUUUCAAUAAUCGAAAAACGUAUUAGUUAAUUGAUCCUCCAUUUUCGAUUUUUCAUAAUACAAUUAAAAUUUAUAAAAUAAAUAAUUAGUGAAUCAUGUCGUUACUUGGAAGAUUAACAUCAAGGUUUCUGGUCAAAAUGUCUCCAUGCAAAAAUCAAAAACGUCCAUUUACUGUGUGUAUUGAGGGAAAUAUUGGAAGUGGAAAAACAACAUUUCUCAAUAAUUUUAAACAAUUUAAUAAUACAUUAGUUUUACAAGAGCCUGUUGAACUUUGGAGAAAUGUUGAGGGAAAUAAUUUAUUGGAAUUGAUGUACUCAAAUCCAGAAAGAUAUGCAUGUCUUUUUCAAUCUUAUGUUCAAUUAACAAUGCUUCAAUUGCACACAAUGAAAACACAUUUACCUUACAAAGUCAUGGAAAGAUCUGUUUACAGUGCAAGAUGUUUUAUUGAACAUAUGAAACGUGCAAAUACAGUUAAAGAUUUUGAAGCAACAGUACUUGAAAAAUGGUACGAUUGGUGUGUUAACAAUGCUGCCAUUGAAACUGAUCUUAUUGUGUACUUAAGAACAACACCAGAAAUUGUUUACAAAAGAAUGCGUCAACGUGCACGUAAAGAGGAAGACUGUGUGUCUCUUGAGUAUCUCAAACAAAUUCAUGAUAUACAUGAAGCAUGGUUAUAUCAUCGUACAUUAUUUGACGUACCAGCACCAGUUAUUGUACUUGAAGGUGAUCAAUCAAUGCAAGAAAUGUUUGUACAAUUUGAAUCUUGUAAAAAUGAUAUUUUUUCAAGACAACGAGAUGUUGAAAGAGACACUAGAAUAACAUCUGGUCUUAAUUCAUCUGUAACACCAACUAAAAUUCAAGCUGGUGCAUCAGAUUAAUUAUCAAUUAUUAUUUUAAAAAUAAUUAAUAUUUAUAAAAAUGGAUCAAAUUAAUUAGCUCAUCAAAUGAGUUUUAUUUUUAUUUUUUUUCAAACAAUAAUUAGAUAAAUUUUGACGACAUGCAAUUAAUUGUUUGAGAAAAUAUGGCUAUUUUUUAAUUUAAAAAAAGAAACAGUAAAAUUGAUUACUCUUUUUAUAUUAUUAAUAAUUUCAUUGCAAUUUAUUUUUUUUGUAUUGACGUAUAGUACACUACACUAUUCAAUUUGACAAUUUUUAUUUAAUUCUAAAAAUCGUCAUAACAAUUAAACUUGAAAAUUUAUAAUUUUGAAAAAUAACCAAAGGUGACAAACAAUUAUUUAUUAUUCGGAUAAAAAAGUGAUAUUAAUAAGCAAAUUAAUUUGAUUAAUAUUAUUAGUAUAAUUAUAUUUUUAUAAGUUUAAAAUAUUAUCAAUUAUAAAAUAAAAAUAAACAUAAAUAAAUGAAAUAUAUACAAAUAAAUUACU